UCCACGUUUUGGCAAAGAAGAAGGCAGUUAUCGUUGCUGAGUGAACGAGUUUCGACCACGUCGUACGUACCGAUCAGCUGGACAAUCAGUGUUAUUUAUCGCCCAUCUUUUCCCUGCCUUCUCCGUUCCACGGAUUUCCAUUCGCCGGUGAAUAGACUUGGCGAAUGAAACGCACAUACGUUGGGCAAACGUAGCAUUCGAUCGAGUGAUAAUUGGAACGCGCCGGAUACGAGUCCGCGAUUUUAUCCGUUGAUGGCAAGUUUUUCCUCUAUGGAGGUGGAAUUUCGUUCGUAACGCGUGAGUGACGAAUCGAAUCACGGAUCACGUUACACCUUGACAGACAAGGUGACCAAUCUCCUUUCUUGAUGAAUACGACGACGUCGAAAAGAAGCACGAUCGGUAGCCACGCGGUUGACGCUCUCACCGCCGGUUGUAUCUCCGAAGGGGUUAACACCUAGCACGAGGAGCGUCUACUGCGCAGCUAGCGAGAGAAACGAUUCCGAAGGAACCAUUUUCCUUCGCAUGGUGAUUCAGUGGUGUUAUUGUUAUUGUUGUUGUUAUCGAUAUUUGGUGGUGAUACACGUGCCCCGGUGAUAUACGAGUCGAACUGACUACACCUUGUGUUUACGUCGUUUCAAAUUGUCCUUUCGAAAGCGUGAAAACAAAGAGUCGCCUCCUUCCACUUCUUUUCAAGUGUUCUUCUUCUCCGCUGUGUUUCACCAUCGUGGACGGGAGGCGCGCGUGUCAAUCGACGUACCGGAUACAGGCCUGGCGAGUUCGGUAAAACAGUUUCAGGCUUUUACGGAUUCGAUUUCGAAGGUGGAGGUGAUCGUCCGCGCGAGAUCGACGACACGUGGAUUCGGAUCCAAUUCUCGUUCCUAGCUCACGUGGUCGUCGAAACUACUACCGGCGACGCUCUUAUAGUGGCGCUUCCGCGAUAUAACCUAUCACGGAUGUUGUUCCUCGCGUUGAAACGAGUUUGCUCGUGAUCAAUUUGAAAGUUGUCGGGUUAUCUGUGUGCUCGUUGAAUUUUUAUCGAUGUUCCGUAUCGACGUUGCAACAACAUCGGACGUGAUCGAUGAGUGUUCGGCCGAGUGAAUAGGGAAAGAAAAGUAGGAAAAAAGAAAAGAAAAAAAUAGAGACUCUCCGUCAAACGAUUCUUCCGUCCUGUUGUCGAGAAUCGAAACGCGUGUGUGUCACUUUCAUGUCGCGAAUAGAAGGAGAGGGAUGACGGUGCAUCAUCGUUGUGCUGCAGACACCGUCGAAGAGGAGGAAGAAGACUCGUGAAUUACGUAAACGACGAUCAUCGGUGCUGGAACGAGACAUCAUUAGUAGUACGUGGUUGUUUUGCGAUUCUUCGUAGGAUUUUUCGGAUCCGCAAGCACGCGGAAUCAAGCAGGCAGCGUGGAGCGCUCGGCGAUCGUGUGGCCGCGCGCCGCGGACCUCUAUCUUUAUCAACCAGGCUGUGCAUUUCUCACCUACUAUAGUCGUGACAGCGCAAUCAGUGCCCAGAACGCUCUGCAUGAGAAGCGGACUUUACCAGGGGGUGUGACGGGCGACCGGCUGGCCGGGGGCGCCGCACACCUCCUCCAUCUCUUCUUCUUCUUGCCACGACCACAACACACAAUGUAACAACAACUACCACUACUAGAGUCGUCCGCGCGAACCACGUUCUCAAUGUACUCGAUGUGAUGAACCGUCCUAUUCAAGUGAAGCCGGCGGACAGUGAAAACCGCGGAGAGUGCAUGAUGGACGACGGGAGCACCAGUGCCAUCUUCUGGAAGUAGGAGGCACCGGUGGCGGCCGCUGAAGACAGAAAGCUGUUCGUGGGAAUGCUCAGCAAGCAACAAACAGAAGACGAUGUCAGACAGUUGUUCACUGCCUUUGGCACAAUAGAGGAGUGUACCAUCCUCCGAGGACCUGACGGCAGUAGCAGAGGCUGUGCAUUCGUAAAACUUUCAUCGCAUCAAGAAGCGCUAGCGGCGAUCAAUACCUUACACGGUAGCCAAACUAUGCCGGGUGCGUCAUCCAGCUUAGUGGUAAAGUUCGCAGAUACUGAGAAAGAGAGACAACUAAGACGCAUGCAGCAAAUGGCCGGGAACAUGAGCCUCCUUAACCCUUUCAACGUCUUCAAUCAGUUCGGCGCUUACGGCGCUUACGCUCAGCAGCAAGCAGCUCUGAUGGCCGCAGCAACAGCACAGGGGACGUAUAUCAAUCCAAUGGCAGCAUUGGCACACGUCGGCGCCGGCCAACUGCCGCACGCGUUGAACGGCAUGCCAAACCCUGUUGUUCCACCGACUUCCGGUUUGCUCGUAGGUACCGGUACAGGGCAGCCUGUUAACGGGGCGAUACCGUCGUUACCGUCGCCAACGAUGCCCAAUUUCAACAUGGCUGCACAAACACCGAAUGGUCAACCAGCAGGUUCGGAUCCUGGUGUCUACACCAACGGGAUACCGCAGACCUAUCCGGGACAUGCCCUCCAUCUGUCCAUUCCAGCACAAGGGCUGCCUAAUGGGGAGGCGGCACUCCAGCAUGCCGCCGCGUAUCCUGGAAUGCAACCCUACCCCGGUGUCGCUUAUCCCGCCGUCUACGGCCAGUUUCCUCAAGCUAUUCCUCAGCCGAUGACCGCUGUGGCACCCACGCAGAGGGAAGGAUGCUCUAUCUCAGGACCCGAAGGCUGCAACCUGUUCAUCUACCACCUGCCUCAAGAGUUCGGUGACGGUGAGCUCAUGCAGAUGUUCAUCCCCUUUGGCAACGUCAUAUCCUCCAAGGUUUUCAUCGAUCGGGCAACCAACCAGAGCAAAUGCUUCGGUUUCGUGUCGUUCGACAAUCCAGCGAGUGCGCAGACAGCAAUUCAAGCGAUGAAUGGCUUCCAGAUAGGGAUGAAGCGUUUAAAAGUCCAGUUAAAGAGGCCCAAGGACGCAAGCCGGCCAUACUAACCAAAGUCCUAGCUUAGAGAAACUGGACGAUACGCACCCUACAUCAUAACCCACAGAAUGUCGUACAAGAACACGGGCUUAUUGAACGCUCGACGAUCAGAAGUGAUGAGUUUGAAUCACCGUUACAACGCUCUCCACUAUAAUAACCUAGUAUACUAGUUAGAUAAAUUAAUUAGAGGAUAACAAUUAGAAGUCAGUAGAUUGACUUCGCCGGCAGCCACGCGGCGAGGACGAAGAGGCUGAUAACGCUAAUGAGAACACAUUGGAUGUCCAGCGCUGAACCCAGUCAGUCCGAGAGAAAGGCGAAAAGAAAAGAAAGAGAAAGAAAGAAAGAAAGAAAGAAAGAAAGAAAGAAAGAAAGAAAGAAAGAAAGAAAAACGCGAGAAUAGGAUUCACGUUUCGAACAAAACGAACACUCUCGGAUGCUCGGAUACGAUUAAUCCUUUUACUAAACAAAACAAAAGAAAAAAACAAAAAAAAAAAAAAAAAAAAGAACGGAACACGCGUCGAUCUUUCUCAUCCUCUUCUUUCUAUUUUCCUACAUCUUAUUAUAUUUUAUACAUAUUUUUCCGUUCUUCACUCUCGAUCCCUACUGCCAAACGAGAACCCGUAUCGGAAUAACGGAGCAAAAGAAAAAAAAAAAAAAAUAAUAAAAUCUUUCGAUACGCGUUUCUUCUCGACGACAACGACGUCGUCCUCGUCGUCGUCGUCGUCGUCGUCGUCGUCGUCGUCCUAGUAACGAGUUUUAUCAUCCGAUCAUCCGGGACAAGUAGAAAUUAAACGGGAGCCUUUAAGAGCCUCUCGGCCAGGUUUUAUCGUUUCGACGACACGCUAACUCUUAAAUGGUUUGAUAAAUCACGUGAUGGGAAAAAACGUUCAAGUGCGGGCGACUUUCCAGGUAACGGUAAACCAAAGAAGAUACAAGAGAAGAUAUAAGAAGAAGGAGAAGAAGAAGGAGAAGAAGAAAGAAAAAAUAAAAAAAAAGAAAACUCUUAGUUCCUGACGAAGCGGCAUGGCGAUUGUAGCCGACCGACUGUUUAAAAAAAAAAAAAAAAAAAAAAAAAGUUAACUAUUACCGCGAUUCGACCCAUAGAAAUACGAAAGAAAGUACCUAUUUCAGAGAUUCUCUAGGGAAAACACGAGUCCAGUGUGUAUCGGUUGAAUUCGUUUGUAUCGCCUUUUUUAGAGAAGAGGACGCAAACUUUGCCAAUUUUUUUAUUUCCAACAAGCAACCAAAGAUACAACAAAACCGUCGAAUAUCCGGAUUUAGGAUUUUUUCGGUUUUUCGUCGAACAAAGGUGAUCAUCGCGUUAAUAAUAUCGCGGAUAGGAAGGUCGUUAGGAUCGUUUCUUACGAUACGUAGUGGUGUUCCGUGGAAAGGACCGACGCGGUCUCUCCUAACGCAAAUUUGUCAAUCACGUAUACAGGGUGCUCGUCUCACGCAACGUCUUUAAAAAAGAAAACGAAAACGAAAACGAAAAAAAAAAAAAGAAAAAAAAAAAAAAGAAUUUCUAAAAUGAAAACUACGUACUACUACUACUACUACUACUACUACUAUUACUACUACUACUAUUACCACAUACUAUUACACACACACAUACACACACACACACGUAUUUAAAAUAUACAUCGUAUACACUCGAGUACAUGUACACACGACGCGCACACACGACGCACACACAUGGCCGAAUACAUACACACACACACACAGAUAUUAUAACAUACACGUAUAUAUAUAUAUUAACCGAUACGAAAAUCAUGGAAUCAGUGCCGACCCCAAAACUCGCGGGUUCUUCUUAUCGGUUCUUCUUAUGUUUAAGAAUUCAUCGCAUUACGCCGUAGUAGGUUUUAUAUAUAUAUAUAUAUACACGUGAGAGAAUUUCAAGGGAUCGUUAGUGCCGUGUCAAAGAGUGUGUCAUUUCGAAGUCCGGUCGUCCGCGCCACGGCGCUCGUUUCAAUCGCCCAUCAACCGUCGAAUAUUUAUUAAUUAUUAUAUUAUCCCUCCCCCCCCCACCCCCAAUUAUCAUCAUCCUUAUUAUUAUCGAUCGAUUAAGUACGAUUUUAUGGUUAAGUGAGGAAAAAAAAAAAAAAAAAAAAAGGAAGGGAAAAAAUUUCCGGCCGAAACUUAUGUACAUCCAUCGGGAUUCCUUUUGUAAAGGAGGGAUCGUUCGAUCACUAACACGGUUCCGAAUUUUCACAGAUUCCGGGAUUCCUGUCGUUGUCCAUUCUCACGGCUCGAUCAUUCGAAAAAAUGACGAAAUCGUUUUGUCGUUUGACCGACGCAUCGCCCGAGAAAUGUCAACCAGGCUGUGAUUAUCCAAACGAAACAAAAAAAAAAAAAAAAAAAAAAAAAAAAAAAAAAAAAAAAAACAAAAAAAAAAG